AUGCCAAAUGAAAAUUUUGGUGGUGUGAAUAAUAAUGUUUCUAGUAAUGGUAUUCUACAACAUCCAUAUUCUACAAAUUUAAUACAAUCAUUUGCUCCUACUGCAGCGUCACUCGACUCAUCCAGUUUAUCACCAAUAGAUGAUGGUGAUAAUCAAUCGGAAGAACUUGUUGUUGGUGCCGGUGGUAAUGAUGUUGUUAUAACAAAAAUAGAUCCUGAGCAUAUGACAGCUGAAAAAGCUGUCACUGUACGAGCGCCUCCACUAUUAUUACAAGAACCUAAAUAUCGUAAAUAUCGAUUGGAUAAUACAUCAUCAAAUCAAAAUCAAGUAUCAAAAAAAAACAUUGAAUCAAUUAUAUAUCAAGUAUCUAUUGGUGUCGGUGUUCUAUCAUUAAUACUAACAUUAUGGAAACCAUUAUCAUCUUCUUUCAGUGGUUUUAUCGUUGGAUUUUUGUUUCCAAUGGCAGUUGCUUAUAUUCUAUUCAAAAAUUAUGUUAAUAAAAAGGCAAAUGAACAAUUAGUUAGUGAAUGGGUUGAAUUUCCAGAAUUAGAACAAUUAUUAGCUGAAAGAGCAGCAAAAGAAGAUAAAGCAUCAACUAUAAAUGAAACUCAUGCUGAAAUUAUAUUUGACCGAUAUGAUGCUGAUAAUGAUGAUAAAUUUGUUCGUUAUCCGUGUUUAAUACGUUUGGAUCAAUAUCGAGUCAUUAUACAAUUACCCACAAAACCCAUUAGCGAAUCGGAAAAAAAAGAACAAGAAGUGACUAUUGUUGGUUAUAGAGAAUAUUCUAUUAAAGAAGCAAAUUUAAUUCUUGUACCGGAAGCAACGUUAACUCGUGCAAAAUAUUGGCUUGUCGAAUAUCCAAUUGUUAUUCAAAAUUUGCAAAUAUUAGAUAAAACAAAAAAAAACGCACUCAAUAAACAAAGUUUUGAGAAGACAAAAUUUGAUGCUGAUCAUUUUUUUGACAAUCCAUCAACAGUUUUAUCAUUGUUCUUUCAAACUGGUCCUGAAAAAGAAGAUUGGUUUCAUAAAUUAUCAUUAAUGAUACUCAAAGGUAAAGAAGAAAUUGAAAGACAUAAUCGUUUGUUAUCAGCACCAUCGGGUAGUAGUAUACCAUCAAUGGAAAGUGCCAGUGCCAUACCAUCAUUGGAUAAUGCUCGUGCACGAAGAAAAGAUAAUUCUGAUCAGCAACCACAACAACAACAACAACAACAACCACCUCUAAAUGUAACGGCGACAACAAAAGAAGAAAGAGGUGAUUUAGAUGAGAAAGAUUCAAGUGGUACAUUAAGAACAGCAGCAACAGUUGAAACAAAACAAUCUAAAUUACAAGAUAGAACAUCAUUAGAAAAAUUAUUACAAUCACCAGAUUGUCUAGAUGAAGCAGCUAUAACAAUGAAUUUUCUUGUUCGACGUUUACUUUGUGAUAUGUUUCAAGAUUCAAAAGUAUUUACAGAUGCAAUUAAAGAAAAAGCUGAAACAAAAUUAAAAGAAAUAUCUGCUGUAAGUAUUCAAAGAACGAUCGUUUAA